UUCCAAUCUGAAGCUUCAGACUUAGAGAACUAUCUAUGAUGUCUCUAUGUGUAUAUAUUUAACUGAGUGCUGUCUUCUUUUUAUUUGUCAUGUAACCAAUCAGUUUUGGUGGUAAAAAGAAUGGAAGGAAAGAUGAAGAUAGGACCAGUAGGGAAGCAUGAUGCAAGAAGCACUACAAUCGUAAACUGGGACGAAGGGAGUCACAAUGGCAUCGUCUCUCAGAUAUUUCUAUCUCAUGGUGUCGCAGGAAUCAUGUCAAUCCAAUUCCAGUUCGUUAUGGACGGAAAGCUCGUUUUAUCCGACCGUCACGGUCCUUUUUCUGGCAACAUGUUCGACGUCAUAGAGCUGAACUAUCCGCACGAGUACAUAACUGGAAUAAGUGGAGAGUAUUACAAGUACGAAGCUAGCAACCCUCACAUUAGGUCUCUCAAAUUCAAUACAAACACUAAAGAGUACGGUCCUUUUGGCACCUCGGCUUCGAGCUACGAUAAAUUCGCGUUUAAACUCGGGAAGUCUCCCCAGUUCGGCGGUUUCCACGGGACUUACGACGCCUCGGGACUACAGUACAUUGGUGUUUAUCUCCGGCCUAAAACAGUUCCACCUAAAAUCGAUACGGGCGGUGCAGAAGAAAUGGAGUCAAAAAUUGUCUUGGGUUGAAAAUGUUUGUAUACUUGGAUAUUAUUCUGCCGAUUAUUAUUAUACUCCAAAUGCGUUUAUUAAUAACGUGACGUAUUAAAUGUUUAUAUAUGUUAAUGCUUCUACGUUCAUCUAUCUAAUUUAGAUAUCUUUAUUGCGGAUUGCCACAUUAUUAAAUGCUAGCUUUAGUAUUAAAGAGAGAUGGAAUUCAAAGGAACGUCUUGGAGACGUUUGAAUUGAGUGGACCUUUACGAUUCCUCCUUCACAAUGGUCAAACUGAACUAAUAUCAACAGCCCAUAUUUUUAUCAUCCUACUCUAUAUAUUCACCACAACUUCUUCACUUCUCGACCAUCCUGAAUUGUUAUUUUUCCGGAGGCACCAAAUCCCAAAUAGAGUAGUUACAUAGAAAGAAAUGAAUUCUGAGACCAGGAUGAUCAAAGUUGGUCCAGCAGGGAGGUAUAAUCACUAUUACAACUCACCGCAACCUUUUGAUCUUAAAGGCCACAAGGAAAUCUCCCAGAUUUUCGUUUCAGGCGGAGACAAUGGGAUAGCGUCGAUCCAAUUCCAAUACGUGGCAAAUGGGAAAUACGAGUUAUCAGGUCAAUACGGUUUUGCUGGCAAUACCAACCAGUUCCACACCAUUGAGUUGAACCAUCCUGCUGAGUAUAUUACUGGAGUCGACGGUCUAUAUACAGAUGAUUACAUUAAAACGAUCACUUUCACUACCAACAUCCAGAAGUAUGGUCCGUUUGGAAUAACCAACGCAAAUCUACAGCGCAACUUUCACAACCCAAGACUUUUUACCUACAACCUUGGAAAGUCCUCUCAAUUCGGUGGUUUUCAUGGGACCUAUACAUCUAAUGCCCUCUCCUCCAUAGGUUUCUAUCUUAGUGUUAAAACAACGCCACCCAACUCUGCCUCGAAGAUUCCAAAGAAAGAAACUCAUGUUACUGCCUAGGAUGGGAAAAGAAAUUCGCUUUCUAAACCUUUGUUCGCUAAUUUCUUAUCGUGAUUUACAUGUAACAGUGACGGCACUGAAGUGUAAUACAGAUUGCUGUCAUGAGCUUUGAGUUUGGUCUUUCGUUUAAUAAAGGUUAGAAAUAUGUUUGAAGUGUUUGCUAUUACCUACUACUUAGCGAAAGAAUGCGACUCGAAGCUUUCGCCAAUCUGUCUUGAACAAAAUUUGAGAUGUGAAAGUCAAUGUAUAUCAAUCAUCGAGGAGAUCACCAGCAACAAGUGUUUCAACCACACAGCCUUGUAAUCGCGAAUCAGAAGAAAUUAGCUUUAGGACCUCACGGAUAUAUGCUGUCUCGACAUGGGCACUGUCACCGGCCAUGAACACAUGCUUACGAUCAUCAAUCUCUAUUGAACUAAACCCUGGCUGCUUCCUUAGACCAAGACCCUUCAUCUUCCUUCUCAUCUUACUUGCUCCUUCCCAUUUUCCAUCAGCCGCAUACAUGUUCGAGAGAAUCACAUAAUUCGAAUGGCUUUUCACUUUAAGCUCGCUAAGAUGCUUCAUCAGCCUCUCUGCUAACUCGGUAUUGUUCCCAUUAGUCCUGCAGGCUGCCAGCAAGGAGCCAAUCACAACUUCAUUUGGCUUCAUCGGCAUGCUCUGUACCACCUUCAAAGCAUCUUCCAAUCUCCCAGCCCUACUAUACAGAUCCACUAAGCAUCCAUAGUGUUCAAUUCGAGGUGAGAUUCUGUAAUCCCUUUUCAUAGUUUGGAAAUAUCCAAGACCUUCUUCAACUAGACCUACAUGGCUACAAGCGGUUAGCGCCCCAGUGAAAGUGACCGCGUCAGGUUUAAACCCGUCUUCUUGCAUUUUUCUGAAGUAGACCAAAGAUUCAUGUGCAUGCCCGUUAGCAGCAAAGCCAACAAUGACUGAGUUCCAUGAAACUACGGUUCGUUUCUCCAUCUUGUCAAACACUUGUCGAGCAAACUCCACACACCCGCAUCGACAAUACAGAUCGAUCAGCGAAUUACUCACCCUGACAUUGUUCUUGAAAUCCUGACUCACGACGUAGCGAUGUACCCACAAUCCGAACGAGAGAGCACCAAGGUUUGUGCAAGCGGCAAGAGCAGCAAUAAUAGCAACGUAAUCUGGUUCUACUCCAGAAACCUGCAUCUCACGGAACCAUGCCAAAGCUUCCUCGUGAAAGCCUUUCUUAACAAACCCAUUUAUCAUAGCUGUCCAAGAAAUCAAGUCUCGGUCAGGCAUUUCGUCGAACAACUUGACAGCUUCAUCGACCUGACCACUCCUCAUGUACCCAUCGAUCAUUGUGUUCCAAGUAACCGAGUUUUUAUCUUCCAUGUAAUCGAAAACCAAUCUGGCCUUGCGGAAACGACCGCGUUUGGAGUACAUGCCGAGAAUUGCGGUGCCAACCAUGACAUGGUUUCUAUCAAGACCAAGUUUACAAGCAUACCCAUGAAGCAAAUCUCCCAGGGCUUCACUUCCGGAGGCAAAAUCGCCACAUCCGGAGAGUAGAGCAAUGAAAGUGAUGUGGUUAGGCUCGACGCCUGCGAGUCUCAUACCGGAGAAUUCCUUCACUGCCUCUGCUAAUCGACCAUUGCGUGAGAGGAGAGUGAUGCGAGAAGUCCAUGAAACGGUAGUCUCGGCGGUGGAUUGGUUAAGUUUCUGUAUUUUUGGAUUUGCGUGGUUUUUGCGGGAGAUGAAGGGUAUUUGUUGCGGUAGAGCCGGCGAAGAAACUCCGACGACGGGAAGGAGACCCAUUCAAUAGAGAUAUGGUAUUAUGUUUCUCUCUCUAGCUAAACCCGAAUCUGGAUCACGCCGGAUAAAAUAGAAUCCGGUUUGGUUCGGUUUAAGAUUAUUAAACCGUUUAUUUCAGCAAUUAGACGAUUUGCAUUUUGACCACACAAAUAAAAG